GGUCCUGGGGCUGGCGGAAGUCUCAGGAAGAGGCCUCCUAUGUCCCUGCCAAGCUUUGUGGGUACUGGGACCCCAAGUCUGCUGGGGGAGCAGCACUCAGACACUAGCCUAGCCCAUCCGCCUGGACUUGGGACAGAAUUCUGAGAAUAUGCCUGGACGGGGGCCCCAUCAGGGCCAGCUGGGAGGGGAGGAGGGUGACUGGCGUCUGUCUCCCCUGCCCAGACAGUUCUGGGACGUGAGGCGCCCUUUUUCCCAGGCUGCACCAGCUCACUGUGGAACGGCCAUGACACACUGUCCCGAGGCAGCACCGAGAGGGCCCAGCCCGCUGCACACAGCCACCCUGGGCCGGCAGAGCCGGAAGGGCACCUGACCUUUCCCUUGAUCUCGGAAAACACCGUGGCAUUAGGGAGGCGGUGCUUAGAGGCCUGACUGGUCCCACGUGAGGCCUUGGGUCUGUCCUGUUUGCAGACUCCAAUGUACUUUCACUUUAAACAUUCUUCUCAGCGACGUUAGGCAAAGACUUCGCUCCCAGGACACCAGGUGCCCAGGACACCCUGGAGCCUGGGCUGAGCCUGCUGUUUGCACGCUGGCCCAGGGUGUGGGAGCUCCAGUCUCCUGGCGGGUGUGUUGGGGCAGUGAGCCCAGCCUGGUAGGUUGACACAUGCAGGCUGGGCACAGCACCCUUGGGGCAAUGAGCCCAGCCUGGUAGGUUGACACAUGCAGGCUGGGCACAGCACCCCUGGGGCACAGAGCGGGGGUCCUGGCCCUCAGGCAACAUUGCAAGAGUUGUGUCCCCUUCCCUGGAAGACCCCACCACACUGGGUCCCUGGAUGCCCUGAAGCCCACCCCAAGCCCCUGGGGUCCAGGUGUGUGGAAUGGGGACAGUAGGGCCACCUGCCUUGAGCCUGAGGGUGCCCCUAAGAAACCACGAGUCCAGGGCAUUUCUGGCCUCGGCUCCCACGCCCCCCUCUGCUGCAGCUGAGAUCUGGGCCCAGGAUGGUUCUUACCUGAGAGAGUCCUCACAGGCGCGGAGGGCCCUGGGAUGGCGAGGGGCUGGCAAGACCACCGAGGACCGCAGGGCCCUCUGCCUCCCGCGAGCAGCGGGGAGAGUGGGGGUGGUGGCUCUGGCGCCAACCUGCGGGCAGUGGUCUGUGCCCUGGACUCUGUAGUUCAAUUAUUUACCUACAGAUUGCUGAGUCACGGGUUUCUCCAGCCAUGUUACCUGAUCGGCUGAUCCGGGAGUUGAACUGUAAUCAGGGGCUUGUAGUAGUUAGAGCUGUGUGGGCCUCUGAGGAGCUCCCAGCCUCCCAGGAGCAGCUGCAGCUGUGGCUCUGCGGCCCUGCCGGGAGGGCUUAGGGACCAGCGGGAGGCGGGGCCUCAGGGGCUAAGCACAGGCAAACCUUCAGCUCUGGGGUCUGGGGUCGGGUGCAGCAGCCUUCAAACCCAGGCGGGGCUGAGGGAGGCUUGGUCUCCGUGUCCAGUCGCUGGACACCCUCCUGGUCCUGCAAGGAGCCAGCCUGGUCCAAGCUGGAGCAGGGCAGAGGCUGACAGCCGGCUCAGCCCAAGGCUGCCGGUGCGUGCAUAUGCGUGUGUGCUCGCGUAAGCCCCGUGUGUGGUGCUCACCGCCCAGGGCGAGGGCUGCCGGGGUCAAGGUGCCAUGACUGGCCAGGAGUCCUGGUCUGACUGGACCCAGCACCGACCCACAGCGCCUGGUCACCCUCACGGCUCCUCCGCCCUCCCCUCUACCACAGACCGGGACCAGCAGUGCCUGCCUCAUAGGGGUGGGGUGAAGAUAAAUGAUUUUUUUAAGUGAACUAAAUCAGGCCCACACGUGAAAAUAAGGGUAAGCUGCUUUUUAAAAGGAAUUAUUAGCCAGGCACGAUGGUUCACUCCUGUAAUUCCAACACUUUGGGAGGCCUAGACAGGAGGAUCGCUGAAGGCCAGCAGUUCAAGACCAGCCUGGUCAACAUAGUGAGACGCCCCCCACCUUUUUUUUUUUUUUUUUGAGGCGGAGUCUUGCUCUGUCACCCAGGCUGGAAUGCAGUGGUGUGAUCUCGGCUCACUGGAAGCUCCGCCUCCUGGGUUCAAGUGAUUCUCCUGCCUCAGCCUCCUGAGUAGCUGGGACUACAGGCGCCCGCCACCGCGCUCCCCUAAUUUUUUUUUUUUUGAGACAGAGUUUCGCUCUGUUGCCCAGGCUGGAGUACAGUGGCAUGAUCUCGGCUCACUGCAAGCUCUGUCUCCCGGGUUCAAGUGAUUCUCCUGCCUCAGCCUCCCGAGUAGCUGGGACUACAGGCACCUGCCACCAUGCCCGGCUGAUUUUUUGUAUUUUUAGUAGAGACGGGGUUUCACCGUGUUAGCCAGGAUGGUCUCGAUCUCCUGACCUCGUGAUCCACCCACCUCGGCCUCCCAAAGUGCUGGGAUUACAGGCUCGAGCCACUGCACCCGGCUGCCCCCCGCCCCCCAACCUUUACAAAAAAUUAAAAAGUUAGCUGGGUGUGGUGGUGUGUGCCUGUAUCCCAGCUACUCAAGCGGCUCAGGCGGGAGCAUGGCUUGAGCCCAGGAGUUUGAGGCUGCCAUGAGGUAUGAUUGCGCCACUGCACCCUAUCCUAGGCCACAGAGCAAGAGCCUGUCUCAAAAACAAACGCUGUCAUUGGCCCAGCACUUUGGGAAGCUAAGGUAGGAGGAUUGCUUGAGCCCUGGAGGUCCAGGCUGCAGUGAGGUAUGAUUGUAGCGCUUCACUCCAGCCUGCAAGUCUUUUUUUUUUUUUUUUUUUUUUUGAGAUGGAGUCUCGCUCUGUUGCCCAGGCUGGAGUGCAGUGGCACAAUCUCGGCUCACUGCAGCCUCUGCCUCCCGGGUUCAAGCGAUUCUCCUGCCUCAGCCGCCUGAGUAGUUGGGACUACAGGCGUGUGCCACCACACCCGGCUAAUUUUUGUAUUUUUAGUAGAGACGGGGUUUCACUAUGUUGGUCAGGCUAGUCUUGAACUCCUGACCUUGUGAUCCACCCGCCUCGGCCUCCCAAAGUGCUGGGAUUACAGGCAUGAGCCACCGUGCCCGGCCAGUUCUGUCUCAAAAAAAAAAAAAAAAAAAAAAAUUCCUCAGGAGCCUCAAGUCCCCCCGACUUUGACAGUGAGUACUGGGUGGGAGCCUGCACGGGGCACCUGUGGCCGGAGGGUGAGUGUAACGAGGGGCUGCGGCCCUCAGUGCUCUCCCAUCCCAAGGGAGGCCAGGAGGCUGCCGUGGGUCCCUCAGGUGGGGCUGGAAGGCCAACCCGGCCCUGGCACCUUGGGCAGCCUGACUCUGUCCUGGGAACAGAAGCCACAGGCUCUACUUCUCCUGUCCACGUGGGAUUGAAGCCGAGGGUCUCGCAGAACCAGCUGAUGUGCCGGGGCUCCAUUCCCCCAAGACGAGGACACUGACAUUGAUGGGGCACAGCCCCGGAGGGAGGAGACCCUGGACACUCACCCCACCAAAGGGGGUCCACUGGACGGGGCCUGAGCUACAACUUCACCCACCUGGAUGGGUACCUGGACCUUCUCAGGGAGAACCAGCUCCUCCCAGGGUUUGAGCUGAUGGGCAGUGCCUCGGGCCACUUCACUGACUUUGAGGACAAGCAGCAGGUGUUUGAGUGGAAGGACUUGGUCUCCAGCCUGGCCAGGAGAUACAUCGGUAGGUACGGACUGGCGCAUGUUUCCAAGUGGAACUUCGAGACGUGGAACGAGCCAGACCACCACGACUUUGACAACGUCUCCAUGACCAUGCAAGGCUUCCUGAACUACUACGAUGCCUGCUCGGAGGGUCUGCGCGCCGCCAGCCCCGCCCUGCGGCUGGGAGGCCCCGGCGACUCCUUCCACACCCCACCGCGAUCCCCGCUGAGCUGGGGCCUCCUGCGCCACUGCCACGACGGUACCAACUUCUUCACUGGGGAGGCGAGCGUGCGGCUGGACUACAUCUCCCUUCACAGGAAGGGUGCCCGCAGCUCCAUCUCCAUCCUGGAGCAGGAGAAGGUCGUCGCGCAGCAGAUCCGGCAGCUCUUCCCCAAGUUCGCGGACACCCCCAUUUACAACGACGAGGCGGACCCGCUAGUGGGCUGGUCCCUGCCACAGCCGUGGAGGGCCGACGUGACCUACGCGGCCAUGGUGGUGAAGGUCAUCGCGCAGCAUCAGAACCUGCUACUGGCCAACACCACCUCCGCCUUCCCCUACGCGCUCCUGAGCAACGACAACGCCUUCCUGAGCUACCACCCGCACCCCUUCGCGCAGCGCACGCUCACCGCGCGCUUCCAGGUCAACAACACCCGCCCGCCGCACGUGCAGCUGUUGCGCAAGCCGGUGCUCACCGCCAUGGGGCUGCUGGCGCUGCUGGAUGAGGAGCAGCUCUGGGCCGAAGUGUCGCAGGCCGGGACGGUCCUGGACAGCAACCACACGGUGGGCGUCCUGGCCAGCGCCCACCGCCCCCAGGGCCCGGCCGACGCCUGGCGCGCCGCGGUGCUGAUCUACGCGAGCGACGACACCCGCGCCCACCCCAACCGCAGCGUCGCGGUGACCCUGCGGCUGCGCGGGGUGCCCCCCGGCCUGGGCCUGGUCUACGUCACGCGCUACCUGGACAACGGGCUCUGCAGCCCCGACAGCGAGUGGCGGCGCCUGGGCCGGCCCGUCUUCCCCACGGCAGAGCAGUUCCGGCGCAUGCGCGCGGCUGAGGACCCGGUGGCCACGGCGCCGCGCCCCUUACCCGCCGGCGGCCGCCUGACCCUGCGCCCCGCGCUGCGGCUGCCGUCGCUUUUGCUGGUGCACGUGUGUGCGCGCCCCGAGAAGCCGCCCGGGCAGGUCACGCGGCUCCGCGCCCUGCCCCUGACCCAAGGGCAGCUGGUUCUGGUCUGGUCGGAUGAACACGUGGGCUCCAAGUGCCUGUGGACAUACGAGAUCCAGUUCUCUCAGGACAGUAAGGCGUACACCCCGGUCAGCAGAAAGCCAUCGACCUUCAACCUCUUUGUGUUCAGCCCAGACACAGGUGCUGUCUCUGGCUCCUACCGAGUUCGAGCCCUGGACUACUGGGCCCGACCAGGCCCCUUCUCGGACCCUGUGCCGUACCUGGAGGUCCCUGUGCCAAGAGGGCCCCCAUCCCCGGGCAAUCCAUGAGCCUGUGCUGAGCCCCAGUGGGUUGCACCUCCACCGGCAGUCAGGGAGCUGGGGCUGCACUGUGCCCAUGCUGCCCUCCCAUCACCCCCUUUGCAAUAUAUUUUUAUAUUUUA